GGCGCCACGUCCAUGUGGGCUUCCUGCUGUGGGCUGCUGAAUGAAGUCAUGGGCACCGGCGCGGUGAGGGGCCAGCAGGCAGGAUUUGCAGGAGGCGCCGGGCCGUUCAGAUUUACCACCAACCCUGACUUCUCCUCCUACCCACCAGCAGCUACAGACGGGCCGAAUAUAGUCUGCAAGGCCUGUGGACUCUCGUUUUCCGUUUUCAGAAAGAAGCACGUGUGCUGUGACUGCAGGAAGGACUUUUGCUCUGUGUGUUCCGUCUCACAAGAGAACUUACGCAGAUGCGCCACCUGCCACUUACUCCAGGAGACGGCCUUCCAGCGGCCUCAGUUAAUGCGCCUCAAGGUCAAGGACCUCCGGCAGUACCUCCUCCUCCGGAACAUCCCCACGGACACGUGUCGGGAGAAGGCAGACUUGGUGGACCUGGUGCUGUGCCACCGUGGACUGGGCCCCGAGGAGGACACGGACACCAGCAGCCUCCACUCCUCGAGGUCCCAGACUUCUAGCCUUUUUACACAUUCAUUCUUUUCGAACUACACAGCUCCCUCCGCUACCAUGUCUUCGUUUCAGGGAGAGCUUACGGACGGAGACCAGACGUCAGGGCCUGGAGCACUGGCACAGGAGCCUAGUGACCUAGCUUCCGCCAAUACCGAUGAGGAGGAGGAGGAGGAGGAGGAGGAUGAAGACAACACCCAGGAGCAGGUGAGGCCCUCCACCCCAGGGCUCUCCAGGAAGAGGGUGAGGGCGUCCUUGUCCGACCUCUCGAGCCUCGAAGACGUGGAAGGGAUGAGCGUGCGUCAGCUCAAGGAGAUCCUGGCGCGGAAUUUUGUCAACUAUUCUGGCUGUUGUGAGAAAUGGGAGCUGGUGGAGAAAGUCAACAGACUGUACAAAGAGAAUGAGGAAAACCAGAAGUCCUACGGUGAGCGGCUGCAGCUGCAGGACGAGGAGGAUGACAGCCUGUGCCGCAUCUGCAUGGACGCGGUCAUUGACUGCGUGCUGCUCGAGUGUGGCCACAUGGUCACCUGCACCAAGUGUGGUAAGCGCAUGAACGAGUGUCCCAUCUGCCGGCAGUACGUGGUGCGAGCCGUGCACGUGUUCAAGUCCUGA